GAGAUCAACAGCGGGCUUGAAAGGAAAAAUAAGAUCCAAGAAUAUGCACGUGCUGAAAAAGCCCAGUGGCCUCCGACUCCAUGAUGAAGCGGACACUGAAAUUUUAUAUUCAAUUCCGUGCCAAAACAAAAUUCUAGGCCAACCCAACAACUUCAUUCUCAUGGAAGGGAAUUCUGUGAAUGAAGCCCCCUCAAGGCGUCAAUUAUUUCUUAUCAUAAACAUUAAAUUUACCUCACGAAUAGUAGGAAAGAAGAGGAGAUGCUGGGAAGUCAAAUGCGGAGGAGGAAACCCAGAAUUCUAUGCCUCCAUGGAUUCAGAACAAGCGGUGAAAUCCUGAAGAAAAUGAUCGGAAAAUGGCCAGCUGCCGUGCUCGAAAACUUUGAUUUUGAUUUUCCUGACGCCCCAUUCCCUGCCAAAGGGAAAUCUGACGUUGAAGGCCUUUAUGGCCCUCCCUAUUAUGAAUGGUAUCAAGUCAAUGAGGUGGAGUGUUCAAAUUUUGAGGAGUGUAUUGCAUAUAUAGAGGAUUAUAUGGUUAAGCAUGGUCCCUUUGAUGGCCUACUGGGGUUUUCCCAGGGCGGAAUGCUAGCAGCUGUAUUGCCUUGGAUGCAAAGAGAGGGUGUUGCUUUCACAAAAGUGCCAAAGAUAAAGUUUCUGAUCAUUAUAUCAGGGUUUAAACUUCGAGAAUUGAAGCAUGGGCCGCCUAAGUUGCUUGUUAAUGCAUUUUCAGCUCCAGUUGCGUGCCCUUCUCUCCACUUGAUCGGAGAAAAGGAUUUCCUGAAGGAAGUGGGCUUUACGCUACUAAAAUCAUUUGUGAAGCCCUCUGUUAUUCAUCACUCGAUGGGGCACACUGUACCAAAACUCGAUGAGAACGGCCAAGAGACUAUGCUCAAGUUCAUUGAGAAAAUUCAAGAGAUGUUUUCACAAGACCCAUGGAUUGCCUUAGGACCAAAGGCUGCAUUAUAGGUUGAUCUUCUGUCUCAGUCCAUAUUUGACUAGAAAAAACAGAGUAUAUAUAGGAAUAUAGAUUUAAGCAGUGCAGGUACUUUAAGUUCUACUUGUCUCUGCUUCUUUUUCUUUUUUUUGCAAGCCUUAUUUUUUAGGCUAAUUUGUUGUAGAAAUAGAUCGUCAUAGUAUUGAUCAUUAUUGAUUCAGAAAGUAUUGAAAAAGAGUUGAACCCUUUUGUUCCAGCUAUUGGUUUUAUUAAAGUCAUGAGUUCAGAGUGCAGCUAGCCAGUUACAGCA